UAAAGUGCUAUGGGAUAGUGCUGUUUUAUAGUGUAGCCUUCGUUUUUUUACUCUACAAGUUAUCGUGUAGCUUUUGUUACCUAUCAAGACUGGAAAACACAUGCACUAGUGUACUAAAUACGAUGUCCUCGAAGACCUCGCAAGAAAUUGAGCCACUUCUUUAUUUUACUGUCUUUGAUUCCCCUCCCUCAGUAUCAGUAAUCAGUGGACUAAGUGCUGAGCCAAGCAGCCGCUGACCCACAAUCCAGAAUCUGGCUGACCGGUCACCUACACAACCCGCUUCAAAAUGCGUGCUUAAUUUGUUCGUACUGAAAAAUUGCAUGAUUCCCAUUUUCUAAUACAGAAAUAUGUAUAUUGAUCUCUGUGUUGUUUCCUUCUUUGCUCAUCAUAGCCCAAUUUACUAAGCUAGCUCACUUUCUACCAGAAAACCCUAUUUAUUCCUUCAAGAGAAUCUGCUGCCUAAUUUACCUUCUUUUGGCGCUUGACGCUUGUUGUGGGAAAAAUUCAGGUGCCGUUCUUGUGAGUUAAAAGGAGUUCUAUGGAUCAUAGCUCCGGGGAAGACACUGAUAUAAGUGAAUCAGAGAUCGAAGAAUAUGAAGAAAAAUCUUAUGAAGAUCUGAAGAGAGGAAAUCACUCUCUUAAAAUAUCAGAUGUGGCAUACACUUGCCCCUAUUGUCCAAAGAAAAGGAAGCGUGACUUUGGUUACAAGGAACUUGUGCAGCAUGCAAGUGGGGUGGGAAGCGGUAAUUCUAAUAAGAGAACUGCAAGAGACAAGGCGAAUCAUCUUGCAUUGGCAAAGUACUUGGAAAAUGAUGUAGUAGUUGCUGGUGAUUCAUCUAAUGAUUCAUCUAAACCUGAUGCCAAGCCGGAUCCUCAAGCUGACCCUCUUGCGGAUCAUGACCGUGAUGAGAUGUUUGUCUGGCCUUGGAUUGGGAUUGUUGUGAAUAUUCUCACUGAAUAUAAGGAUGGACGCUAUGUAGGAGAAAGUGGUUCUAAGCUGAGGGAUCAGUUGGCACGGAGAGGUUUCAAUCCUACACGAGUACGUCCUCUAUGGAAUUAUCAAGGCCAUUCUGGAACUGCUCUUGUUGAAUUCAACAAAGACUGGUCCGGAUUUGGUAACGCAAUGUCAUUUGAGAAGGCUUAUGAGGCUGACCAUCAUGGCAAGAGGGAAUGGAAAGCCAACAUUGGUAAAAAGUCUGAUCUGUAUGCUUGGAUUGCUCGUGCAGAUGACUAUAAAGCUCUUAACAUCGUCGGUGAAAAUCUCCGCAAGGUUGGAGACCUUAGAACCAUUUCUGAUAUCAUGGAAGAAGAAGCUCGGAAGACGAAUAAGCUCGUUUCUAAUUUGACAAAUGUUAUUGAAGUCAAGAAGUUACACCUAAAGGAGAUGGAGAACAAAUUUAAGGAGACUGCACAGUCUUUGCAACAGUUGGUUGAAGAAAAAGAUAAACUGCAUCAAGCGUACAAUGAAGAGAUAAGAAAAAUCCAGUCUAGUGCACGUGAUCAUUUUCAGAAGAUAUUUAAUGAUCAUGAAAAGUUGAAAUUGCAAUUGGAAUCUCAAAAGAAAGAGCUUGAGCUCCGAGGUAGAGAAUUGGAGCAACGUGAGGCCAAAAAUGAAAGUGAUAGGAAGAAGCUGUCUGAGGAGCUUGAACAGAAUGCUGUUCUAAAUACCUCACUUAGUGCCGCUGCUGAAGAGCAAAGAAAGGUCGAUGAAAAAGUACUGAAAUUGGCUGAAGAGCAGAAGAGGCAAAAAGAAGAUCUUCAUAAAAGAAUAAUUCAUCUGGAGAAACAACUUGAUGCGAAACAAGCGGUAGAGCUGGAAAUUGAGCAGUUGAGAGGGUCAUUGAAGGUGAUGAAGCAUAUUGAAGAUGAAGGUGAUCAAGAAGUAUUGAAAAAAGUGGACACACUCCUUAAAAGUUUAAGAGAAAAGGAAGAAGAAUAUGAAGGUUUGGAAGCAUUAAAUCAAACUCUCAUCGUGAAGGAAAGAAACAGUAACGAUGAGCUGCAAGAUGCUCGAAAAGAGUUGGUUAAUGGCUUGAAGGAACUACCAAGAGUUGGUCCAAUUGGUGUUAAGAGGAUGGGGGAGCUCGACAAUAGACCAUUCCAUGAAGCAAUGAAGAGAAAGUAUAAUGAGUCAGAAGCAGAUGAAAGAGCUACGGAACUAUGCUCAUUGUGGGAGGAGUACCUUAGAGAUCCUGGAUGGCAUCCCAUUAAAGUUGUCACGGUUAACGGGAAACUUGAGAAUGUGAUAGACGAUGAAGAUGAAAAACUGAAAGACUUGAAGAGAAACUAUGGUGAGGACGUGUACAAAGCUGUUACAGCAGCUUUGAUAGAGAUAAAUGAUUACAACCCGAGUGGAAGAUACAUCAUCUCGGAGCUCUGGAACUAUGCAGUAAAUCAGAAGGCUACUUUGGAGGAGGGAGUAACUGUGUUGCUAAACCUGUGGAAAAAGAAGAGAUGACCAGACUGAGAGUUUGAUGCUUCCGUGCGCUUUACCUUAGCUCUUUAGGCAGUCCUGGUAACCCCCG